UGCAACUUGCAUGUGCUUAGGUUGAUUGUUCUCAAUUUUACUUGAUGCUAUUGGCAUGUUGGGAAAUUGAAUGUGUCAGCAUUUUGCGUAUGAUAAAAUGUGUUUUUUUCUUGAUUGAUUGGAUUUGAGCAGGAUGGGUUCUCUCUUUGUCUCUGCAUUUGUUGUUAUCGCAUUUUUCUUUACUUCGUCUCGUUUGAUUUGUGAGGCUAGAGAUAGCAUUGAUGUGGCUAACCCGUUGCUUGGUGAUCAAACUCUUGUAUCAGCUAGGAACGAAUUUGAGCUAGGUUUCUUCACAGCUGAGAAUGGGGGGAGAUAUGUGGCCAUAUGGUAUCACAAGUUGGUUCCAAGAACCGUUGUGUGGGUUGCACCACGAGACGAGCCACUGCCCAGUUCGUGUGAAGGAAUUCAGAUUCGAGAAAAUGGUGGAAAUGCUGAGGUCGUGUGUGGUAACGGAAAUGGAUGGGUUGCCCUCAUUACAUACUCUGUGGGCUCAAUGGGACCUAGAGCCUCUAACAUAACACUGCAGUUGUUGGAUAGUGGGAACUUGGUUCUUGUUGAUGCUUUUUCAGGUGAAAGACUCUGGCAGAGUUUCGAUGAACCAACUGAUACAUUUCUUCCUGGUAUGAUACUGAACGAUACUGUUAUAUUGAGCUCGUGGGUUAGUCCAAGUGAUCCCAGUACUGGGAAUUAUUCUUUUAGGAAAGAUCAAGGAAUAUAUGAAAUACUUGAGAAACCUCUAAAUACUUACUGGAAAAGCAAUGAGCGCAAUGCAUUCAUGAAGAACACCAUACCUUUUUUUGUAGAACAACUACUUUUCAAUUAUAGCAAUAUAACAACACAAAGGCUUGUGAUGAACUCUUCGGGGGAGAUACAACUUUACAGAUUGAGCGAUGGUAGGAGUUGGUCUUUGUUGUGGUCAGUACCUGAAGGUCCUUGCAGCAAGUACAACACUUGUGGGAAGUUUGGUGUGUGCAAUGCAAAGAGCAAGGUGCUGUGUGAUUGCCCUCCUGGAUUCAGCCCGGUUUCGUUGGAGGAUUGGGAAGGUGGGCGAUACUCUGAAGGCUGUGAAAGGGUGAUUUCAGAAUGCAGCCGCAGAAGAUCAUUCUUGAAUAUAACGCUCGUGAGAGUUGGGGGUGGCAUCAAGCCAUUUGAUCAAGCUCAGAACGAGGCGUCAUGCAAAGAGACAUGUUUGAAUGAAUGCAAAUGCCAGGCUUACUAUUUUAAAGAUGAUGAUCCGCGUGGCAGAGAAACUCGUACUAAUGGAAAAUGCUGGAUUUGGAUGGACAAUGUUGAAAAUCUUCAUCAAGAUUCCAUGGAUGGUAGCAUUAGCCUCUCUCUACGUGUCUCCAACGCAAACUCCACAGCACGAACCUGUGAACCGUGUGGCACCACCAGCUCAAUUCGCAUACCGUAUCCUCUAAGCACAGGUCCUAGUUGUGGUGAUCCUUCAUACUACAGUUUUGAAUGCAAUAACACCACCAUCUUCAACACAUUAAGUGGGAAGUACCAAGUCACCUCCAUCAAUAAGGAGAAUCGUAAUUUUUUUAUUCUAGUUGGCUCAGAAACUGCCCAAACUUGUAACAGCAGAAACUCAUCUACCCAUGUGGUAACUCUCAAUCACUCUUUGCCAUUCACUGUGACUAACUGGUGCUAUUUCGAACCUAUUACUGGUCCUCGUCAAGUAGAGAUAGGUUGGAAGCCUCCAUUGGAGCCAAGCUGUGAUUCGUCGAUGGGCUGUGAAGAUUGGCCUGCUUCAGAUUGCCGUGAUAGGGGCAAUGGGUCGAGAUGCUACUGCAGAGAGGGCUAUCAAUGGAAUGGAUCUUUGGCAAAUUGUAGUGAAGCCUUGAGAAACUCGGGGAAUGACUACAAGAGAAGAAACAGAAUUCUAGUUUCUGUUGUGGUUGUGGCACUCAUACUAGUUUCGUGCUCAAGCUAUGUCUUCUAUCGAAGAAAGAAGGCAAAACAACAAGCGGGAAAUUUGGAAAGCAGUGAAGGUGAAAGACAAGUAAAUGACUUGAUGCUUGAAAAUGGCAAAGCCAUUGAUGUUCCUUUCUACGAUUUGGACAUGAUCUUAUGUGCCACUGAUAACUUCUCAAACGCCCAUAAGCUCGGGCAAGGUGGAUUUGGGCCGGUUUAUAAGGGGAAGUUUCCGGAAGGACUUGAAGUCGCGGUAAAGAGGCUAUCGAGCUGCUCAGGUCAGGGAGUCGAGGAAUUUCUCAACGAGGUCGUCUUGAUUGCCAAGCUUCAACAUAGGAAUCUCGUAAGGCUUCUGGGAUACUGCAUCAAGGGAGAUGAGAAAAUCUUGCUAUAUGAAUACAUGCCUAACAGAAGCUUGGAUGCCUUCAUAUUUGGUUAGCAUAAAAGCAUAAAUAAAUGUCUAAUAUAUCAAUAUAGUUAUCUUCGUAAAUGUAUUCUUCAUCACAUUCUUUUUCUAGAUGAACACAAUCGCUUGCUACUCGACUGGAAGAGGAGGUCUGACAUCAUCUUGGGGAUUGCUCGAGGGCUGCUGUAUCUUCAUCAAGAUUCGAGGUUGAGAAUCAUUCAUCGCGAUCUAAAAACGAGCAACAUUUUGCUUGAUGAAGAUAUGAACCCCAAGAUUUCUGAUUUUGGCUUGGCAAGGAUCGUUGAAGGCAAGAAAACAGAGGCAAGCACAAACAAAGUGGUCGGAACCUAUGGCUAUAUGUCUCCGGAGUAUGCAUUGGAUGGGAAAUUCUCGACCAAAUCCGAUAUUUUCAGCUUCGGAGUUGUAAUGCUGGAGAUAAUAAGUGGGAGGAAGAACACAGGAUUCUAUAAUCCAGAACAAGUCCUGAAUCUACUAGGCUAUACAUGGAGAUUGUGGUGUGACAACAAGGCCAUAGACAUGAUCGAUCCAACGUUGCUCGAAUCAUGUGAGAAAUCUGAAGUGAUCAAGUGCAUAAACAUCGGACUACUCUGUGUCCAAGAAGACCCUGACGACCGGCCCUCCAUGACAACCGUUGUCGUGAUGCUGGGGAGCAAGACCAACCCUCUUCCCCUCCCAUCUCAGCCGGCAUUCGUUGUGCGGCGACGGCUUUCAAGCACGUCGUCGUCAUCUUCCUCUACGAAACCAAAAACGAUCUCCGUCAACGACCUCACCCUUACUAUGGAGCAAGGACGAGUAUUCAUCACUCCUGUUGUGAUGAUGGGCUGUAUGCAUUCUCUAACAGCCUUCUCCUUCUCUCUCGUCGUCUUAUUAGUGAUUUCGUGUUGUUCUAAAUGUGAGGGUAGAGAUAGCAUCAGCGUUGGAGAGCCAUUGACGGAGAGUGACAAGAUUCUUGUAUCAGCUGAGGGGCGAUUUGAGCUCGGUUUUUUCGAUAACAACAGUGGCAAAUAUUUGGGCAUAUGGUAUCACAACGUGUCGCCAAGAACCGUCGUGUGGGUUGCCAGAAGAGAGGAACCACUGCCCGUUUCAUGUGGAGGGGUUCGGAUUCAUGAGGAUAAUGGAAAUGUCGAGGUUGAGUGUGGUGAUGGUGAACUUCGCCCCGUUACAAGUCUUGUGAUUUCUGCAGGUUCUAACAGAACACUGCAGCUGUUGGAUUCCGGGAACUUGGUUCUUGUUGAUGCUUCUUCAGGUGCAAGAGUGUGGCAGAGUUUCGACGAGCCAACUGAUACUUUUCUUCCUGGUAUGAAACUGUCUGAUACUGUCAAUCUGAGCUCGUGGACGAGUCCAAAUAAUCCAGCUAUAGGAAACUACUCGUUCCUGCAAGAGCAAGGUGUGUAUGUGAUAUACGAGAGUGUCAAUGUCCGCUGGAAAAGCAACGAGCCUAGCUCCUUCAUGAAGGACACUUUUCCUUUCUACAUAAACGACAUGCUAUCAGGCUCAGAGUUGAAUAAGAAAAGUGGAAAAACAAAUAGACAUAACAAUUCUCCAUUAACAACAAAUAUCAACAUAUCUUCGUUUACAACUGAUUUCAACCAUUCAAGGCUGGUGAUGAACUCUUCGGGACAGAUACAGUACUACAAUUUGAGCAAUGGCAUGAACUGGUCAAGUGUGUGGCCAGCUCUCAAUGAUCCUUGCAGCGUGUACAACACAUGUGGGAAGUUCGGUGUUUGCAACUCAUCCGGGACAGCCUAUGUGCACGUGCCUCAUGGAUUCACUCCCGUCUCCUCAGAAGACUGGAAUGCUGGGAAAUACUCUGACGGUUGUAACAGGGUCCCACCUGCAGAGUGCAGCCAUAGGAAGAAGUUUGUGAGUAUAAUGCUUGUGAGAGUGGGCGGAGGCUUCAAGCCGAUCACUGAGGCUCAACAAGACGAAGACUGCAAAAAUGAGUGUUUAAAUUUGAAUGAUUGCAAAUGUCAUGCCUACUAUUUUGAUGGCAGCAGAAGAAUGGGAAAGAAUUCAUCAAGAUGUUGGAUUUGGACGAGUGAUGUCGAAAAUCUUAAUCAGGGUGAUGGUGUUGAUGCUGCUAGCAUUAACCUUUUUCUACGCAUAUCUGGAGGUGCAGGUGAGAUGAACACCAUAAAUAACCCUGAGGCUCAGGCACCUAAGAGUCGGAACAACUCACAAAGAGUAUAUGUGAUCGCCAUCGUUGCUUUGGUUGGUGGGAUUAUACUACUUUCUUUCUCCGCCUGUAUCUUGUAUAGAAGGAGGGCGGCUGAAAGACCAGGUUAUCACAGACGCGCUGAAGCUAAUUCGGGACUCUUCUCGACUGGGAGUGAAAGACAAGUGAAUGACUUGAUGCAAGAAAAUGGCAAGGGGAUUGAUGUUCCUUUUUACAAUCUUGAUUCCAUCUUGUCUGCCACGGACGAUUUCUCAGAUGCAAAUAAGCUCGGGCAAGGUGGAUUCGGGCCGGUCUAUAAGGGAAUGUUUCAGGGGGGACAUGAAAUUGCAGUGAAGAGGCUGGCGAGCUGCUCGGGCCAAGGAAUCGAGGAAUUCCUCAAUGAGGUCGUCUUGAUUGCCAAGCUUCAACAUAGGAAUCUAGUUAGGCUUCUGGGAUACUGCAUCAAGGGGAGUGAAAAAAUCCUGCUUUAUGAAUACAUGCCUAAUAGGAGCUUGGAUGCCUUCUUAUUUGACGAACACAACCGGUUGCUACUCGACUGGAAGAAGAGGUUCGAGAUCAUAUUGGGGAUAGCCCGAGGGCUGCUAUAUCUUCACCAAGAUUCGAGGUUGAGAAUCAUUCAUCGUGAUCUGAAAACGAGCAACAUCUUGCUAGAUGAAGAUAUGAACCCCAAGAUUUCGGAUUUUGGUUUGGCGAGGAUCGUUCAAGGCAAGGAGACAGAAUCAAGCACAAACAAAGUGGUCGGAACCUAUGGCUAUAUGUCUCCAGAAUACGCGUUGGACGGGAAAUUCUCAACCAAAUCCGAUGUUUUCAGCUUUGGAGUUGUGAUGCUAGAGAUCAUAAGUGGGAAGAAAAACACAGGCUUCUAUAAUCCUCAACAAGUCCUAAAUCUGUUAGGUUAUGCAUGGAGACUGUGGUGUGACAACAAGUCCCUCGACAUGAUCGAUCCGACAUUGUCUGAUUCGUGCAAGAAAUCCGAGGUGAUCAAGUGCAUAAACAUAGGGCUACUCUGUGUCCAAGAAGAUCCCAACGAACGUCCCUCCAUGGCGACUGUUGUCUUAAUGCUGGGGAGUGAGACGAGCCCUCUUCCCCUCCCGACUCAGCCGGCCUUUGUCGUGAGGCGACGGCUCUCGAGCACGCCAUCGUCAUCUUCUUCCGCCCAACCGGACUCUGUUUCAGUCAACGAGCUCACCUUUACUAUGGCACAAGGGCGGUGAUGAGAGGUUGUGAGCAACAUAGUAAAUCACUCGGAUAUGUUUUCCUCAUAUAUAUUUUUAGUGUAUGGUAAUUCGAAGUUAGAUCCAAUGUUAUAGAAUAAACAUUAUUUAUUGGUGUAAUAUAUGUCUAAUAAAAGUGUUUGGCAAUUCAGAGUGAAAAGAAUGGUAGUUUGAUUU